AAUCUGCAGCCUUCAGGCUGUCCCUCUUUGGUUGGGAAGGGAGCUACAGCAACGACGAGGAGGACUGGCUCCUUCAUGAGCUGUGACUCUGAGGUCCCUGCUCCCACUUGAGGGUUAACAGGGGUCCCGGGCUAGGGGGCACAACAUGGGCAGCCCCCAGAGCAGCUCCCUUCAGCUUGGACUGUCUGCACCUUUCCCAAGGCCCUGAGUCUUCAGCCUCUGGGCUUAUUGAGGUCAGGAGUGAGAGCUGUGCUGUGGGAGGCUACCCGGACUGCACUCUGCAAGUAUGGCGCUGCUGAAAGUCAAAUUUGACCAGAAGAAGCGGGUCAAGUUGGCCCAAGGGCUCUGGCUCAUGAACUGGUUCUCCGUGUUGGCUGGUAUCAUCAUCUUCGGCUUAGGGCUGUUCCUGAAGAUUGAACUCCGGAAGAGAAGUGAUGUGAUGAAUAAUUCUGAGAGCCAUUUUGUGCCCAAUUCCUUGAUCGGGGUGGGGGUGCUGUCGUGUGUCUUCAAUUCUCUGGCUGGCAAGAUCUGUUACGACGCCCUGGACCCUGCCAAGUACGCCAAGUGGAAGCCCUGGCUGAAGCUGUAUCUGGCCGUGUGUGUCCUCUUCAACGUGGUCCUCUUCCUGGUGGCCCUCUGCUGCUUCCUCCUGCGGGGCUCGCUGGAGAGCACGCUGGCCCAUGGACUCAAGAACGGCAUGAAAUUCUACCGGGACACGGACACCCCAGGCCGGUGUUUCAUGAAGAAGACCAUCGACAUGCUGCAGAUCGAGUUCAAGUGCUGCGGCAACAACGGCUUUCGGGACUGGUUUGAGAUUCAGUGGAUCAGCAACCGCUAUCUGGAUUUUUCCUCCAAAGAAGUCAAAGAUCGCAUCAAGAGCAAUGUGGACGGGCGGUACCUGGUGGACGGUGUCCCCUUCAGCUGCUGCAACCCCAACUCACCGCGGCCCUGCAUCCAGUACCAGCUCACCAACAACUCUGCGCACUACAGCUACGACCACCAGACGGAGGAGCUCAACCUGUGGCUGCGUGGCUGCAGGGCCGCCCUGCUGAGCUAUUACAGCAACCUCAUGAAUACCAUAGGUGCUGCGACGCUCCUCGUCUGGCUCUUUGAGGUGACCAUCACUGUCGGGCUACGCUACCUGCACACGGCGCUGGAAGGCAUGGCCAACCCCGAAGACCCCGAGUGUGAGAGUGAGGGCUGGCUUCUGGAGAAGAGCGUGCCAGAGACCUGGAAGGCCUUUCUGGAGAGUGUGAAGAAGCUGGGCAAGGGCAACCAGGUGGAAGCUGAGGGCGAGGAUGCAGGCCAGGCCCCGGCGGCAGGCUGA